CCUCCUUCGCAGUUUGUUCGCUUCCUGUUACUUUCUUUCUUGAAUGCAGCUCAGGUGAGUUGAGUUUACAGGUUGAAGCUGUUGAAACUCACACUAACACUCGUAUCCGUCCGGGUUUAAUGAACAGGAACUGCAACAUUUAAAACAUUUUCUUCCAUAACUUUGCAGCAGCGGCAGCGUUACAAGAUGCUAACAGCGGAUAAGGCUUUACCCACAUAUCUAAUCGGAUGAAGCUGCUUCUUCUUGUCCUGAAUGAACCCCCGGAGGAGCUGGCGAGCAGCGUUUUUUUUUUUUUUGUAGUUACUCUGUAUAUUUAAUAGUAGCAUGUGUGAGAACAGGAAGUGAAAAAGGAGUCCUGCGGCAGGGUAUCUCAUUUCAGCAAAUACACAUCAGUCAGUAAGUGGAUUAAAGCAGGAGAAAGGAGGUAGACCUGGGCUGGUGGUGCUUUACCUUGACAACAGUCUAAAGCACCGCCGCCCUCAUCCCCAGCCACAGCCUCAACAGAAGCAGCAACCAUGGGAAAACAGAACAGCAAGCUCCGUCCCGACGUCAUGCAGGACCUGGUGGAGAACACGGACUUCACCGAGCACGAGAUCACCGAGUGGUACAAGGGCUUCUUGCGGGACUGCCCCAGUGGUGCGCUCUCCAUGGAGGAGUUCAAGAAGAUCUACGCCAACUUCUUCCCUUAUGGAGACGCCUCCAAGUUCGCCGAACAUGUCUUCCGCACAUUUGACGCCAAUGGAGACGGGACUAUAGAUUUCAGAGAGUUCAUCAUUGCCCUGAGCGUGACCUCACGUGGUCGACUGGACCAGAAGCUGAAGUGGGCGUUCAGUAUGUACGACCUGGAUGGAAAUGGAUACAUUAGCAAGGCAGAGAUGCUGGAGAUUGUAACGGCCAUUUACAAGAUGGUUUCCUCUGUGAUGAAGAUGCCUGAGGACGAGUCCACACCUGAGAAACGCACAGACAAGAUCUUCAGACAGAUGGACACAAACCGAGAUGGUAAACUGUCUCUUGAGGAGUUUGUGGAGGGAGCAAAGAACGACCCCUCCAUUGUCCGACUGCUUCAGUGUGAUCCCAGCAGUGCUGGGCAGUAGAAAACUGGACUCUUCCCAUUGCAUUUCGAUCGAUUUAACACAUUUUCAAAAAUAUCUCCCAGUUGACCCACCUGAGAUUAUUGACAUAUGAGCUAUAGAGGCACAUGCACACACUCACACAUACAUAGACAGCAUGCAGCUCUACAUACUACAAAUACCAAAGCCUGAUGCAUAUAUAAUCUUUCACAGAGUCACAUGCACAUGCUGUACAUGCGCCUCUAUGUCUGGUCAAAAGCUGUAGGCAACAUGGGUCUCAUAUAUGGUACAAAUAUAACUUGAGGAACUGAAAUCCCAUCAAGGACUUUUAAAACACUGAAUUAAAGCUGUGCUAUCUCUGUCUGAGAGGACAGCCAGCAAGGAUAAUCCAAACAGAUUCAUGAGGUACGUUGAGCCGUAUCCAAGUUUGCUGUUUCUUUUUAUUUCUUUUGUUAUUUUUGACAGCAUUAUUCCUGAUUUAAAGGGAAACAUGCUCAUUUUGCUCUCUGUAACUGACUCUGGGUUGCUGUGUUACAACGGACAGAUCUUUACAAAGUAUUACAAUCUAACUCCAUGUUGACACUGGAUGAAAUGAAGUAUAUGAGUCUGGGACUACAAGUGUUCGCAGCUUGCAGGUUGGCGAUGUAGACAGGAGAUCUGGGAAAUGUAGUUUUUAUUCAUAGAAGACUUUUAGAAGGGAUGAAAGACUUCUUUUUAAUGUAUAUUUUGGAGGAAUGUUACAUCAAAACCAAAACUGACCCAGAUUUCUAAAUGAAGGGGAAUAUUUCGACUACAGGUUACGCCAUCUGUUCUUUGAAAGUGACUUUUUAUGCCAAGUUUUGUGUCCACAGACGCACACAACUGCACACACUUCUCAUAAACACACAUAUUCACACACUCACUUCACUGAUGAAUACACAAACUUGACAUAUGCAUAAAAAAACCGAGCUGUGAUUCUCUUGAUUCAACUAUGGUUCAAUUAGUGUACGAGCAAAAACAAAAAAAAAGUUAGAUGUUAUAUGAAUAUAUAGUAUGUACUUAUAUAUUCUUUUACUCUGUGAGAACAUUGUGGCGAUUUGCUGCAAUGGAAGAGAUUCACUUUAAAAAUUUUGACGUAUAAAUUAUUGGAAUGUGAUGAUUAACAUUUUAUUUUCUUUUACUUGACGAAUAUGAUAUGAAAGAAAGUUGUACAGUAUAUUCACUCAUAUUUAUGCUAGAUAUGUUUAAAAAAAAAGGAGAGGACCACAUAGUGCUAUGCAUUCAGCUUUGAACAUCAUCUGCUACAUUUAGUUUAUGUAGCUUCUUUUUUGACAGAGAAAAUAGCUUCAGAUUUCAUUUUGAUCCUGAGCACCCCACUGACUUCAUAUUUCCCAAGAAACCAGUAAACAUUGGCAGUCAUUAAGUUUUUCAUAUACUGUGCGUCAAGUGUGUAAUCCGUCACAUGAUAUACUGAAAGUGCAACGGUAAUGUCUGAAAAUCUCAUGUUUUUGUGCAAAUGUGACACCUUCUGAAUGUGCACUAUUUUCUCAUCUGCACCAAAUUUGAAAUGCAGAUUGCAUUGUAACUGUAAAACAACUGUGAUGUGGGAGAUAACAGACAUUUUUACAACUACGACACACAGUAGCAGACACAUAACUGACAGAACAAAACACUGACGUUGUUAGCGAGUUACAGCCACAUCCACCAAAACUUCACUCUCUGUUUGCAGGAUUUACUGUCGGCUCUUUACUGUUUCCAUCCCUGCUGCUCUGAAAACAACAUGAGAUACAGUCAUUUUCACAGGUGGAUGAAUAAGGACUUUUGGGGAACAAAGAGUUGUGAUAAAUUCUGUGGACUUCUGCACAUUUAAAAUAGGUGAUCAGGUACUUUAGUCCCACAUUUCACUUUAAUAGCAUCUUGUGGUCAAGUGCCAAAUGUAGAUGAAUAAAAAAAAAAGAAGAAACAGUAUUGUAUCCAUUUAUACUGUACAGUUGUUACCUGUCGAACAAAAAAACUUUGUCACUGUAUCAUUUUGUAGAUUUUGUAUUGUUAACUUGCAUUGUGUGUUCUGUGUAGGAUGUCCAUUUUGUUAUUCAAAUAAAGGCAAAAUGGGAAAAUG